AGACUGUCAUCUAUUACUAAUUACUGUCAAUAGAUUGUCACAAUUACUAUAUAAUUUCAAGAAGUAAAUAAGUUUGAAUUUUUCUUAUCACUAUGUCACUUUUACUAAAUAACAACUAACAGUUCAUUGCCAUUAGUAUCAUAUAAAAAAGUAAAAGUGGGUGGUAUAUAACUAUCAGUAGUUUGUAGAUUAAAAAACAGUUAUCUAAUAAAUAUGUCCCUCACAAUUCAGCAAAUAAUUACUGAUGCAAAACGACUUGCAAGUCGAUUAAAAGAUAGAGAUGUAGUAGCUGAUAUAUUAUUGAACGAAACCCAUGCAAUUAAUAAAAAAAUUGAUGCCAUGAAACAGUAUCAAGAAGAAGUAGAACAAUUGAAUGAGGUAGCAAAUCAAAGACCACAUUCACAACUUAUAGCCAACAUUCAGAAAGAAAAUAGACAUUUAAAAGAAAUACAACAAGAAAAUAGAGAACUUAGGGCUGCAUUGGAAGAAUACAAUACCACAUUACAACAUGUGAUGUCCAAAUAUCGUGAACAUACCAAUGAAGAAAUAUAUAAAUCAAAAGUCAAUUUCAUAGCAAUGCAAGAGAAAAAAUAUAGUGAGAUUAUUAAAGUACAAGCAGAGAAGAUUCAAGAGAUGGCUGCCGUGAUGUUUAAAGCUGCUCUCAUAGAUGAGGAUAGGGAUUCUAGAGAACAAGAAGUUGUGUCUAUGCUAAAAGUGGAAAAUCAGGGCUUAAGAGAAAUGUUGGAUAUUGCCCAUAAAUGUGGGAACUUGAAGAAGGAAGACAAGACUGUACAAACUGAUAUGGAAAACACUCCCGAUAAACUUUAAUAAGAGUAUUUUUUGCACAUAUGCAAUAUUUUAUGAGUAUUCUUUGUGUGUUGCAAAAUAAUUUUAAAAAUGUAUGUUAUUUUCAAAUUUUUUAAUAAUUCUUACAAGUUUAAUUUAUUAUUUUUUACCAAUGCAUAUUAUUAAUGAAUAUAGGAGCGACUAGAACAUUAUUAUUUGUAAUGAAUUCAAUUUCACAAUUAACGAUAAAGCAGUUUAAGUUUUUUUAUUAAAAAGUUUUAUUCUAUACUGUAUUUUAUCAUUCAAUUGCCUAAUAGGAUGAGUAAUAUUAUUUUUUUGGAAAUUAAUUCAAGUCUUUUUUUAUGUAAGGUUAAUCCAUUACAAUUGUGACUAGUAAUAAUUUUGCCUAUUGUCAAAAUAACCUAGAUGCUCAGGUUACACUUACAGAUUCAAUGAUUUAUGAGUUUCCAUUACAAUUAUAUGUAUAUUCAAAUCUGUCCUUUUCUUUAAAUAUAAUUUUUGUAUAUAGUUUUUUAUUGAAUCCUCAAUGACUAAUUAACCCUUCAGACAGAACAUGAUUUUUUUGCAUUAUGAGGAACAUCUGUUUCACUGACUGAUAUGGGAACUCAGCUUAUUUUUUUUGAAUUCGCUCAAUAUUUUAGCUCAUUUAUUUACCCCAUCUUACUUUUUAUUGUUAAUCAGCACAUAAACAGUUCAUAAGUAAUUAAGAAAUCCUAUUAAUAAAAAAAAUUAUUUAUUAUUUGAAAAGAAUGUGGAACAUAAUUGCUGAUUAUCAAUCGAAACACAAGAGUCAUAUUAUAAUAAAAAAAAAAUGCCAAAUAUAACAAAAAUGUAACUAAUAAAAGGACAUGUUGAAACAAA